AAGGCUGUGAGGACUCAUGAACAACGGAAGCUCUCAAAGGCGAAUUCUGAUGCUAUGUGGACCGAUAUUGAGUCAGGACGCAUGAAGUACCUCAAAAUCAUCGAGUCGCUGUCUGAAAAACACAAUAUGUCAGUAGACUGGAUGUCAGGUCAGAUGUAUCUUGGCGGCAAGCUCCUAAAGAGAAACCGAACCGCCGGUGUUUUUAAUGCCUUUGUACGCAGAAAGAUGCGUGAAUGCAAGGAAAACGGUCUACCCAUGGGUCACGAUGCACUCGCACUUGUCACUAAGCAAGUCAGCGAGUCUGGUGAGUGGAAGAAUCUUGACUCCGAAGACGAAGACGACCUCCUGAAGGACAUGCAAGAUGAGAAGGAGAUGAAGGCUAAUAUUAAAGUUACUGGCCGUGAAGCAGGGAUUGACAUUGAGAACACACUGGCUCGUGUUCAGCCAGAGUUACUCGGCCUCGAGAAGCGUACUGGCUGUAAUAUAAUGUGGAUUCUUACCCGCGGCAAAAUCAGCAACUCCUUCGUUCCACGUAGCUACGCCUCCGAACCUCUACAAACAGCAUUCCUCCACCUGUACAAAUCAACCAUCGAGUCAGUGGGCAUGCAAACUGAUGCCUACAUCGCAUCAGGAGCUGCUGGUGUCGUCAAGAUAACAACAGGACGCAGCGCAACAAAGCUACGUGCACAAAUUCGGGAAGUGAUCCGGGUUGGCAUGCACGAAAUCUUAACUAAAAAGAGAGGUGUCUCCGAGGAUUCAGUCCCCAGUGUGGCUUACAACUCAUAUGAUGCCUUCAUCGUCAAAUGGGGGGUGGAACUGAGCGGCUGGACAGAGGGUGAAGUCAGGAACCCUGGUACCAUCACUUCAUCUAUCGGUCUUGCGCGUCUCCACGCUGCGCUCAAAAACAAUGAAUGCUAUUGGCACGAGCUUACUCCAGAUGAAUGGGAGGAAAAGAAGGAGUUGUUCGAGCAGCAAGUUCUCAAU